GGGUUUCUGGUUUGUAGUUUCAUCGUUAUUCUUUCGCGUUCUCUUCUCUUCUUUGCGUUCUUUGUACAAAGUCUGUCCAUCGGAGAAUAAUUGUUUGAAUAAAACAUAAAAAUAAAAAAAAUUGAAAUUGAAGUAAAAAAUUAAAAUAAAAUUUAGAAAAAAAUGCAAGGAGGAGGAGGAGAAGAGGUGAGCAUAGAAGAGUUGGCCUCAAAUCUCGCGACCUACGAGGAUCAGCUUCAUCAGGUCAGACAGCUUUUGGUUGAUGAUCCUGGAAACUCCGAAUAUGUGGACAUGGAAAGGGAGCUCAAAGAGGUGAUUGCUUUGACGGAAGAACUCCUUGCAACUGCAAAGCAAAAUGAUAUUUCUGGAUCAGAUAUGGGGACUAGUGGUAGAGUGUCUCCAAGUUUGCUUCAGUCUAAGGGUAAUAAAAUGGACUCAGGAAGCAUGUCCGAUUAUCACGCAAACUUACCCAUUGGCACUAGAGUUCAAGCUGUUUGGAGUGAUGAUGGGGAGUGGUAUGAUGGAACAAUUGAGGCGCAUACUCCAAAUGGCUUUUAUAUUUGCUAUGAUGGAUGGGGGAACAGAGAAGAGGUGGAUCCUGCCAAUGUAAGGCCAAUUGAAGAGGGUGUUGUCAAUACUUUGGCUGAAGCUGAGAGAGUGGCAGAAGCUACCAAACAAGCUAUCAAACGUAAGAUUGCACUAGCUGCUUCCAUGGACUUCCAGUCACGGAGUUUACCAGCGAAGCUUCGUAUAGAUCCUACUGACCCGGAGGAUGUGAAAUCUGCCAAGCGUAAGAAGAUACACGCUUUUAAGUCAAAGAUGCGGCUGGAGCAACUUGAAGUAACACAAAAUAAGCGGCAGAAUGCCUGGCAGCAGUUCCAAACAACCAAAGGCAAGACUAAGAAGAUUGGUUUCUUUUCUGGGCGUAAGCGGGAGAGCAUCUUCAAGUCUCCUGAAGACCCGUUUGGUAAGGUUGGCGUGACUGGAAGUGGAAAGGGUUUGACAGAAUUUCAGAAGAGGGAAAAGCACUUGCAUCUCAAGGGAGCGACUGUUGAGGCUGAUGAGUAGGUUAAGAGUUUCCCAUUUGCUCUGUAUCUACUUAAUCUACCUCCUUGCUGAACUAUCGAGCCUUGAAACAAAAUAUUCCUGAUUGUGCAAGGAGAUAAUCUUUUCUUUUAUUUCCUUUUUUCUUUUUUCUUUUUUUUGUGCAAUUCGAUCUUUAGCAUGGAGUUAAACUUUGGGAGGCGGUGUUUAAAUGAAACAAAUCUCCUCUUCUCAGA